GGUUCGGGCAGCAACACCAGCCCUGAGGCGGCGGGGGGCGCGGCAAGCAGGACGGGCACAACUAUGGCGCUACCGCUCCUGCCCGGGAACUCUUUUAACAGGAAUCUAGGAAAAGAAAAGUUCCAUAAGUCUCAACACUGGAGUUACUGCAAUAAGGUUUCUAUGUUGGUGGGAGAAAACAAACCUGGAAUAGGAGGUGAACCUUUGCUUGGACAAAAACUAAAACCAAAGUAUAGUGUAUUUCCUAGAGGUAUUGGAAGUGAUGCACCUUCAUGGGUAGCAUUUGAUAAACAGGUAUUGUCUUUUGAUGCGUAUUUUGAUGAAGAAGUUCCUGACAAAAAUCAAGAGCUAUACAGAAUAAGACAUUGUAAAAUAUAUUUCUAUCUUGAAGAUGACACAAUUCAGGUGGUUGAACCCCAGAUGAAGAAUAGUGGAAUUCCACAAG